AUCAUGUCCCGAAGAAAUUUUCAAAAUAAAAAUCAUAAAUUUCAAUCAAAAAGAAAGCUUGAUCCAGAUGAAUUUGAUCUGGAAAAAGCACGUCAUGAAGUUUUUCAAUUAGGUAUUAAAGGAUUUUCCGAUAAAGAUAAACGUACUGCUAAACGUGAAUUAGCAAUACGAUUAGGUGCAAAACCUAAAAAACAGCGUGGUAAAAAUAUUCAACAACAUUUACAAGAAAUACGUGAACGUAAACAAAAAGAACGUGAACAACAACAACAACAACAACAACAAAAUCGAUCAGGAAAAACAAAAAAUCGAAAAAGCCAAAAAUUAUCAACAAAGAAAAAAGGUUUAAAUGAAGUACGUGGAAUGGAUUAUCAAUUGGGAAAAUAUCGUAAUGGUGUACAAUAUUUAAGCCGACAAGAUAUUGAAAAAAUACAAAAGAAAAAAUAAUAAAAAUUUCUAUUUUAAAAUUUAAAUUUGUUUAUU